AAAAGCGCAGUUUCCAGAAAACCCAAACAUUUCCCGGUUUUGAUGUUUCUCUCUCUAAUCAAACAGUGUUUGUCUCUUUCAUCACUCAAUCAUCCUCACUCUUUUUCCCCCUUUACUUUCAAACCUAAAAUUCAAUUCAAUUCCAUUCAAAUCAAAGCCCUAAUUUAAUUUCCCUUCAAUUUUUCAAUCAAACCCCCAAAACUAUAAUCCCUAAGAUUUUGGAGGGAAAAAUGGCGUCAUCUAAGGUGAUGCCUUCUACCUCCAAUUCUACAAAUUCGGAUCUCAAUUCUCAUCAUCAUCAUCACCAUUUUCAUCGAAAUCGUUCUUCUUCGCCUUCUCAAAUGAUCCCUGAUUUCACCAAUUCCGAUCUUCAACACCGGAUUAAUGAAGUUUAUGCUCCUGAUAAUCCGCCGGAAUCGGCGUUGCUUGAUGCUGAGAUUACGUUGAUUGAUGCGGCGGGUGCGAUUUCUGCGAUUGGUUCUACUGCGGAGGAGGCGGCGGUGGUAGGGCAGCAGCAGGGGAGUGAGCGGAAGACGGUGGAGGAGGUUUGGAGAGAUAUUGUAUCUGGGAAAAACGAGAGGAAGGAGUGUAAGGUUGAGGCAGUGGAUGAGAUGAUGACUUUGGAGGAUUUUCUGGCGAAAGCCGGGGCUGGGAUGGAGGAAGAAGAGGUUGCGGCCGUGGCGGGGGCGGGGGAGAUGGAGGAGGAGGAUGUUAAAGUUGGGGUUUCUGAGGAGAUGAAGAUGGGUAGUGGUGGGUUGUUUGAUUUUGAUCAUUCGUUGGUUCAGAGUUCUUAUUUGCCGGUGCAGCAGGCGGGGCCGAUGCCGGUUUCGAUUGGUGGUGUGAUGGCGUAUGGGAAUUGUGGUGUUGGUGUUGGAGGAGGUGGGAUGGAGGUUAUGGGAGGAGUGAGAGGGAAGAGAAGAGGUGGGCCAAUAAUGGAACCUUUGGAUAAGGCUGCUCAACAGAGGCAAAGGAGGAUGAUCAAGAAUAGGGAGUCUGCUGCCAGGUCUAGGGAGCGCAAGCAGGCUUAUCAAGUUGAAUUGGAAUCAUUGGCUAUGAAGUUGGAGGAGGAGAAUGAACAACUAUUGAGAGAAAAGGCAGAGCGGAAAAAUGAAAGGUUGAAGCAGCUCAUGGAAAAAGUAGUCCCAGUUGUGGAGAAGAAAAGGCCACCACGUGUUUUGAGGAGAGUUCGUUCAAUGCAGUGGUAGUCCCUUGGAAUGAAUGUUGUACUUUGUAUUCGAUUGGCGAGCAAUCUCAUCAAUGAAGUCUUGUUUGUGAGUGAGAGCAUUUCUUACAUCAAUUGCGAUGCACUGCUAUUCUCGACAUGUGGAUGGAUAGAAAAUCCCAGUGGAAUACAAGUCAUUGCUUGUUGAUGCACAAGUUUGCUUAGCUAGAUGCUCUCUCAAUACAAGCGCCCCUGGUUCAUGUGCAAGGGGAAACAUCUAACCUGACUGUUAGUAUUAGUAACUCCUAAUAGAAUAUAAGUGAGCAAAUAUAAUUUCGUUUGUGGUUGGCUGCUCUUAGCUGAAUCAUCUUAGUGUAGUUAGUAAAAGCAUCUGUAAAUUUUGGGUGGUAAUUAUGUGCAGAAGAUUCCAGUUAUUGCAAGUUUCGAAACAUCAGCAAUAAGAUUCAUGUUGUGUUCAAUUGGAAAUCAUAAAAUACCAUUAUUACGAA